AUGAACCUCCCUGUUGCACGCGUGCUACAGUGGAAGCGACCGCGCAUGCGAUGGUUGUUCCUAGGCUUCGCAUCUUUCAUCGCCAUCGUAGCGAUCAUCCUGUUUGCAGUCACGGUGUCUGUGGGCGGUGCUAAUCUGAAGGCGAUUCUCGAGAGCGACGAUCCAGGAAGCUCAGGAAUUAGGUUCCUUGGACACAUCUACAACAUCGACGUGGAUGCUCGUCAAGUUCAAAUAUCGUGGCUCAUCGUUGGCUGCGGUGCCGGUUUCCUAUUGGAUGGCACGGCAGGUGUUUUGGGCGCGAAGAACUGCGGUGAUCUGUCACGAGCAAUCGACAUCUACGUGGAUGGCGGUCAGCAGGUCUUCUCGUAUGACCCUGGACUGAAACCGAUCGCUGUAUCGACGAACCAGGUUAUUGGAGUUCAAGCUACGGAUAGAGUGGAGACUACGCACCUUCUGAGUAUCGACGGCUUUUCGUUCGUACCAAACUUUUCGCGUGGCGAUCAACAGUCCGCAUUCCCGUUCGAUCGUUACGACCUGGAGACGACCUUCAUGACCAAAGACCACAACACAAACGAAACCCUUCCAAUCCUCAGCCUCGUUGCCGUAGACUCCACCCAGAAUUUCGCUCCUCAUCUGGUUUGGGACCUGCCCGUGAUGAUGAACGACGUGAACGGGACGACAACCUCUGCGCGCACGACGCACUCGCGCUUUGGUCGAGAGGCCUUAACAAAAGCAUUUGUAGUGAUAAUCUUCGUCGUCAACUGGCUCUUGACAGCCGUGGUCGUCUGGAUUACGCUGAGGGUCGCUAUCGGCGCCGAGGUAGAUUCCGGCAUCAUGCUCUUGCCUGUAUCAGUUAUCUUGACCAUACCGGCUCUCCGAGCUUUAUGGGUUGGAGCGCCUGCGUUUGGAUUGAUACUUGACUCUUGCGGUCUCUUCCCGCAAAUGGUCGUAGUGGCUGUUUGCUCGGUUAUCCUGGUCAUCUAUGCCGGGUUGCAGCCCCCGAAGGAUAGCGAAGACAGUAAGGACAGCAAAAACAAGGACCAGCACACUAGGGGGGUCCAGGCUCAGUCGCACGGUGAUGAGGGGGCCAGAAACAACGCUCCCGACGAUCGCGAGAAAGGACCGUUAAGUCCUGGGUUCGUCCCUACGUUCCACAACGCUUGA